GAACGCUUCCUCGCGCUCCUGGUUUCCCGUCGGAAUGUGACGCUCUUUCAUCCGCAGAACAUCAACAUGGCAGCGGUUCUUUCGCCGAGACCGUGCGAUAGCAACCCUGCGACUCCUGGGACGCAGUCUGUCAAGGAUGACAUCGAGGAGAACUCCAGUGAUGGGAGUCAAGCCCCCAAAAGACGCAGGAUGGGCUCAGGGGACAGUUCCAGGAGCUGUGACACAUCCAACCAUGAGCUGGGACCAACAUACUUUCCCGCUGAGAACCUGACUGAAUACAAGUGGCCUCCAGAUGACACAGGGGAGUAUUACAUGUUACAAGAACAAGUGAGCGAGUAUUUGGGAGUCACGUCAUUCAAACGGAAAUAUCCAGAUUUGGAAAGAAGAGACCUGUCUCACAAAGAAAAACUUUAUCUGAGAGAGCAAAAUGUCAUUACAGAAACACAGUGCACUUUGGGUCUGACCGCUCUGCGCAGUGAUGAAGUGAUUGAUUUGAUGAUUAAGGAGUAUCCAGCCAAACACGCAGAGUACUCCGUCAUACUCCAGGAGCGAGAGCGCCAGCGGAUCACUAAAGAAUACUCCGUGAGCACUCUUAGUGCGCAAAUGCAGCAGCAGAAUCCUCAAAAAGUUGAAGCCAGUAAAGUGCCCGAGUACAUAAAGAAAGCGGCAAAAAAAGCUGCCGAAUUCAACAGUAAUUUCAACCGAGAGCGGAUGGAGGAGAGGAGGGCUUAUUUUGACCUUCAAACACAUAUUAUUCAAGUACCUCAAGGAAGAUACAAAGUCCUCCCUCCAGAAAAAACCAAGACCGGUCCGUAUCCAGUCGCCCUCAUUCCUGGCCAGUUCCAAGAGUACUACAAAAGGUACUCUCCAAACGAGCUCCGCUACUUGCCCUUGAACACGGCUCUGUACGAGCCUCCGCUGGACCCGGAGCUGCCUGCCCUGGACAGUGAUGGUGAUUCUGAUGACGCUGAGGACGGGAAAGAAGACGGCAAAAAAAAAGGUUCCUCGGACAGUUCAUCGGGAAACACCUCGGAUGGAGACAGCCAAGACAGCGCAAUUCAAUCCAAAGUCAAGAGCAAAGACGGCACUCCUCGCACCAUCCAACACAAAUCUGUCCCUGGGUACAAGCCUAAGGUCAUUCCCAAUGCUAUAUGUGGCAUAUGUCAGAAGGGUAAGGAGGCCAACAAGAAAGGCAAGCCAGAGGCUCUCAUCCACUGCUCCCAGUGCCAGAACAGCGGUCACCCGUCCUGCUUGGACAUGAGCGUGGAGCUGGUGUCCCAGAUCAAGAUGUAUCCCUGGCAGUGUAUGGAGUGUAAGACGUGCACCGUGUGCCAGCAGCCGCACCACGAGGAGGAGAUGAUGUUCUGUGACAAGUGUGACCGAGGUUUCCACACCUUCUGCGUGGGCAUGGACUCCAUUCCUCUGGGUUGCUGGGUCUGUGAUUUAUGCAGCAAAGACCUACCUACCCCCCAGAAGAAAGGGACAACAAAAACACCCAAAAAAUCUAAAUAACAUUGAAAACUGGACCAGUUUUUUUGUUUGUUUUUUGACAAUACUUUGGUAUUAAUUUCUAUUUUUCUAUUAUUUGAAGUCCAUAUGAGUUUUGUAUGUCGCAUAAAAUUUUUGCAAAUGUUUUUUUUUUAUACAGUUAUUUCCACUUUAGGUUUGUGUAUCGUUUAAAAUAAAUUUGAAAACCGA